AUGGAAAAGAUGAUGAAGAGAGUGGAUGUUUGUAGCAAAGUCGAUCUUAAUCCUAUUCAGACCAGACCAGACCAGACCAGACCAGAGAGGUUGUGUAUACAAUCACUUUCAUCAUUACCAAUGAAUAGCUCAGCAAAACAACGAUGCAACAAAGCAUCAAAGCAAAAGCAAAGCAAAGCAGCAUGGACUACACACAUGAGUAACAUAUACAUACAUCCCAUGGGCAUAGCAUGGCAUGGCAUGGCAUGGCAUGGCAUGGCACGGCACGGCACGGCGUCGAUAUCCAUGCCACCUCCAUUCAUGGUUGAUAGCCAUCGUGACACAUGUAAUCCAUGUGUUCAAAAUAAUAACCAUCAUAAUAGCUAA